AUGUCAUUUCUUACAGAACCUUUAUCAAGGUUGAAAUACGGAUUCCCAACUUUAAGACAAGUUGAAUACGAUAUCGAUAUCGAACCUGAUGUCAAAGAUGACUUAUCAGUUGAUACUGAAGAUGAACCAGAAUUAAAAAUCGAAUACAGAGAUGAAAAAGAUAGAAAAUGGUGGAGCUUCUUCGAUGAGUAUGAAUAUAGAUCCAACAAAUUUACGAGAAAGAAGCAUAAAUGGUACAAAUGGUACAAUGAAAACAAUUCACCAGCUGAAAGAAAAUUAUUAUUCAAAUUGGAUAUUAUGUUAACACUUUUUUCAUUAAUGGCCUAUUGGGUUAAAUAUUUAGAUCAAACUAAUUUGAACAACGUUUAUGUUGUUGAUGAAUUCAAAAACACCGUUGGUAUGAAAGGUAAUGAUUUAGUUAACACUCAAGUUAUGUUCAAUAUUGGUAAUAUUAUUUUCCAAAUUCCAUUCAUUUACUUAUUAAAUGUUUGUCCAUUGAAUUAUUUAUUACCAGGUUUUGAUAUUGCUUGGUCUAUCGUUACUAUUUGUUUAUACAAAACCACCAAUGUUUCUACUUUGAAAGGUUUAAGAUUCUUAAUUGGUGCUUUAGAAUCUCAAGCUUAUUAUUCAUAUCAUUUCCUUUUUGGUUCAUGGUUCACCGCCGACGAACUUUCAAGAAGAGCUAUGAUUUUCUACUUUGGUCAAUAUUUAGGGGUUUUAACUUCAGGUCUUUUAUCAGGUGCUAUUGUUAGAAACUUAGAUAAUGUUGGUGGUUUACAAUCAUGGCAAUGGAUUUUCAUUAUUGAUGGUUUAAUCUCAUUAGCUGUUGGUCUUAUUGGUAUUUUCUCAAUUCCAGGUACUCCAACCAAUUGUUAUUCUAUCUUCUUAACUGAUGAAGAAAUUAAAUUAGCCAGAAGAAGAUUACAAAAGAACAACGUUAGUUCCAAACAUAAAUAUGAUUUCAAAGAUAUUAUUGAUUUGAAAUUAUGGAAAGAUAUUUUAUCAACUUGGGAAAUUUACGUUUUGUCAUUCUGGAAUAUUUUCUUAUGGAACAAUUCAAAUGCUUCAAGUGGUUCAUAUAUUUUAUGGUUAAAAUCAUUAACUUCAACCGACAAAAAUGGUGUAACUACUCCUCGUUAUUCUGGUGGUACUUUACAAGACAGAUCAGCUUUAACUCCAGGUUUAGGUUUAAUUUGGUUAUUUGUCACUUGUACAUUUGCUGAUUCUUUCCAUUCAAGAUGGGGUGCUAUUCUUGGAUCUCAAAUCUUUAACAUCACCGGUAACGCUAUCUUAGCUGUUUGGGAUGUCAAUGAAUCAACCAAAUGGUUUGCUUGGUGUUUACAAUAUUUCGGUUGGGCUUGUGCUCCAGUUGUUUAUUCAUGGCAAGGGGAUAUUUGUAGAAGAGAUCAAAGAAAACGUUCAAUUGUUUUAAUUAUUAUUAAUGCUAUUGCUCAAAGUACUACUGCUUUUAUGGCUGUUAUUGUAUGGAAAACCGUUGAUGCUCCAACCUAUUUCAAAGGUUUUACUUUCACUGCUUGUUCAGCUGCUACUUUGAUUUUAUGGACUUUUGGUGUUCUUUACUUAUAUAAACGUAAUGAAAAGAGUAAAGCUAUUGAAAAUGGUAUUUACCUUUACAAUUCAUCAAAUGCUGAUGAUAUCCCAGAAGCUGUCAAAUCAAGAGACACUGUCAAUGAAAAAGAAGAUGAAGCUAUCCAAAGUAAUGAACUCAGUUCAACUUCAUCAAAUUAA